CUUGGCUCUGUUUUCCGAUUUAAGUACAGGAUAUAUACUCUGCAGGCUACACAAGCUUCUUCUCUCCUUCUAAUCCUCAUCUUCACGACUGCUCUGAUAUUUCUUGAUUGCAUCUCUCAAAUAAAAAUGAAUACCCUUGGUGUCACUCUGGUCCUGGGGCUACUGUUAGGGGUUUGGGCUCAGACCAAUAUAGAGCGACCUCAGUGCGACUCCCCUGAGGCAGAGGAAGCUGCUCUGGUGGCUCAGGAUUACCUCAACGCCGAGCACACUCAAGGCUACAAGUUUGCACUGAACAGAAUCGAGGACAUCAAGAUUUAUACUAAGCCUGAUGGAGACAAAACAUACAAGUUGGAAGUUGAACUGCUGGAGACAGACUGCCAUGUCCUGGAUCCCACACCUCUUGUGAACUGCACCGUGAGGCCUAAAAUGAUGACGGCAGUAGAAGGAGACUGUGAUGUGGUGCUGAAGAGGGUUGGUGGAGUUUUGACUGUCACAGCAUUCAAGUGUAAAACAGAAGAAUCUACUGAGGACAUUUGCUUGGGAUGUUCUACCCUCCUUCCCCUAAAUGAUACUACCGCACUGGACUUUGUCCACAAAUCUCUGGCUUCCUUCAACAAUUUCAAUGAAAAUGUAACGUACGCUGUUUUUGAGGUUGGAAGGAUGUCAUCACAGGUUGUGUCUGGUGGGCUAGUGUAUUUGGCAGAAUAUGUUGUUGUUGAAGCUAACUGCACUGAGGACCCCUGCGUGCCCCUGAAUGACGCCAUGGCUGCCCGUGGUAUUUGUACCGCCAAAGGUUCUAGCAUCGCUCACUCAGUGAACUGCCAGAUGUUUUUAACUAUGAUGCCUGUUAUAGAUGCCAACGUGGUAGAUGUCAACAGCACUGUAGCAGUUACCAACAGCACUUCAGCUGUAGCUCCUGCACUUCCACCGAUGGUCCAUGUACACACAGGCAGCCUGUCACCCAAGCUUGGUCUGAGGUACCACAAACUGACUACUCUCCAUAACCCUGAGCUAAGUGGCCUCCUGUCUGCAGAAUCUACAGAGUCAGACGAAGUUGUGCCUGUAGCCCCUGGAGUGGCCAACUCCACUGCACCUGCUGACGCUGGCUCAGACUCCUCAAACAGUGCUGAGGUCCCUGUUGUUGUGAAGAAGAGAGAUGUACCCAUUGUACCUGUUGUACCGGCCCCCGCAGUGGUUGACCCCAUUGCUGUUGUGCCAGUGUGCCCAGGAAGGAAACGAUUCUUUUAAGAGUUCAGGUCCUACAGACUCUAUACUUGCUUCCGUCAGCCACACUGACACUAAAAUUGUUUAUGACUAAUUCAUGUUCUAUGGUUGGUAGAUGAAACACCAAUACAUCUACACAUAAUUCAUUAGAGUAAAACAAAUUCAUUGCAUAAUGUCCCAAAAUGUAUGAAGACUUGUAUUCGAUGCUGAAUAAAAUUUCCCAAGUCAAA